AUGAGGCUAGAGGGAUUGGGGAGAGAUAGAGGGACGGAAAAAGUGUGUGAGGAGGGGGAGGUGAUUGGGGUGGAGGGGGAGGUGAUUGGGGUGGAGGGGGAGGUGAUUGGGGUGGAGGGGGAGGUGAUUGGGGUGGAGGGGGAGGUGAUUGGGGUGGAGGGGGAGGUGAUUGGGGUGGAGGGGGAGGUGAUUGGGGUGGAGGGGGAGGUGAUUGGGGUGGAGGGGGAGGUGAUUGGGGUGGAGGGGGAGGUGAUUGGGGUGGAAGGGGAGGUGAUUGGGGUGGAGGGGGAGGUGAUUGGGGUGGAGGGGGAGGUGAUUGGGGUGGAGGGGGAGGUGAUUGGGGUGGAGGGGGAGGUGAUUGGGGUGGAGGGGGAGGUGAUUGGGGUGGAGGGGGAGGUGAUUGGGGUGGAGGGGGAGGUGAUUGGGGUGGAGGGGGAGGUGAUUGGGGUGGAGGGGGAGGUGAUUGGGGUGGAGGGGGAGGUGAUUGGGGUGGAGGGGGAGGUGAUUGGGGUGGAGGGGGAGGUGAUUGGGGUGGAGGGGGAGGUGAUUGGGGUGGAGGGGGAGGUGAUUGGGGUGGAGGGGGAGGUGAUUGGGGUGGAGGGGGAGGUGAUUGGGGUGGAGGGGGAGGUGAUUGGGGUGGAGGGGGAGGUGAUUGGGGUGGAGGGGGAGGUGAUUGGGGUGGAGGGGGAGGUGAUUGGGGUGGAGGGGGAGGUGAUUGGGGUGGAGGGGGAGGUGAUUGGGGUGGAGGGGGAGGUGAUUGGGGUGGAGGGGGAGGUGAUUGGGGUGGAGGGGGAGGUGAUUGGGGUGGAGGGGGAGGUGAUUGGGGUGGAGGGGGAGGUGAUUGGGGUGGAGGGGGAGGUGAUUGGGGUGGAAGGGGAGGUGAUUGGGGUGGAGGGGGAGGUGAUUGGGGUGGAGGGGGAGGUGAUUGGGGUGGAGGGGGAGGUGAUUGGGGUGGAGGGGGAGGUGAUUGGGGUGGAGGGGGAGGUGAUUGGGGUGGAGGGGGAGGGGGAGGUGAUUGGGGUGGAGGGGGAGGUGAUUGGGGUGGAGGGGGAGGUGAUUGGGGUGGAGGGGGAGGUGAUUGGGGUGGAAGGGGAGGUGAUUGGGGUGGAGGGGGAGGUGAUUGGGGUGGAGGGGGAGGUGAUUGGGGUGGAGGGGGAGGUGAUUGGGGUGGAGGGGGAGGUGAUUGGGGUGGAGGGGGAGGUGAUUGGGGUGGAGGGGGAGGUGAUUGGGGUGGAAGGGGAGGUGAUUGGGGUGGAGGGGGAGGUGAUUGGGGUGGAGGGGGAGGUGAUUGGGGUGGAGGGGGAGGUGAUUGGGGUGGAGGGGGAGGUGAUUGGGGUGGAGGGGGAGGUGAUUGGGGUGGAAGGGGAGGUGAUUGGGGUGGAGGGGGAGGUGAUUGGGGUGGAGGGGGAGGUGAUUGGGGUGGAGGGGGAGGUGAUUGGGGUGGAGGGGGAGGUGAUUGGGGUGGAGGGGGAGGUGAUUGGGGUGGAAGGGGAGGUGAUUGGGGUGGAGGGGGAGGUGAUUGGGGUGGAGGGGGAGGUGAUUGGGGUGGAGGGGGAGGUGAUUGGGGUGGAGGGGGAGGUGAUUGGGGUGGAGGGGCAAGACUGUGACAGGCAGAUGCAGGGGUAA